UCGUGGAAUUUCUUUCUCUUAAACAACUUCAUCAUCGCAUCGCCUUUUCUAUCCCAACUUCCCCCUUGUGCCUUUUCUCCCCUUUCCCUCUCGUCUUUCCUUUAAUCGGAUUCUUCGGGUCCAUUACACUCCUUCGGAUUCUCAGUAUUCAAAUUCAAAUUCAAAUUCAAAUUUACAUUUAACAUUCACAAUUAUUCAGCACAGAAAGAAUAAAGUCGUUAACUAACGGCUCAACACUCCUUCUAUACGGCUUCAUCAAAAAUCAGUCUUUACAUUCAAUCUCUAGAAAAUAAAAGAGUCAACUUGACCUUUUGUCAGUCCUUCUCCAUAACCAACAACGCUUCAUUCGCGAAUCUUUCGAGAAACAUACCAAGAUCUCUACCUUCCUAUUUUUCCUGCAAGAUUCAGCGAAGCAUUUGUUUGAAAUAUAUCCAUCGCAUCAACAUUUGGAUUUACUCAUAGCCCUUUCUAUUUAUUCUCACCUAGGUUUCGACCCUGGCAAACAACCUGUGCACACAACGCACAUAACAUCUCGACGAUCACUGAGACUCGUGCAACCAAAGGACAAUCGCUUGUCAUACUACAUACAACACAUUGGGGGAAGAUACAAGUAUUAGGAACAUACGAACGUAAUUGACUGCGGUCGUAAGAACUCAAGAUGUCGGACAUGUCGCAAGAAGAUGCCCUCAAGAUGAUCUCAACACCAUCCCCUACCGCGUCGAACUCGGCUGGCAGCAGCUCGGCUUCUCGCAGACCUCCUCGCAAGAGCACAUUAACUCAACAACAAAAGAACCAAAAGAGACAACGGGCCACUCAAGAUCAAUUGGUUACUUUAGAGAUGGAAUUCAAUAAGAACCCAACACCUACAGCCACCGUUAGAGAGAGAAUCGCGGAGGACAUCAACAUGACUGAACGCUCUGUUCAAAUUUGGUUUCAAAACAGGUCAGUUCAUCUCAUCAAGUACACGUCGCAGGGUCUAAUUUAAUUUCGCAGACGUGCAAAGAUAAAGCUCAUGGCAAAGAAGAGUAUCGAGACAGGAGAGAGUUGUGAAAUUCCAGAAGCUAUGCGCCAAUACCUUGCGAUUCAAGAAAUGGAAUCAGGGAAGUCGUUAGGAGGUAACUUCUUGGGCAGAGGUGGCCUCAUGCCUUAUGGUAGCGGUAAUAUGCUUAUGGGGGGAGAUCACGGUCCUCAAGGAAAAGUUGGUUAGUACCAUUCCAAGUCUUUCUACGUUAUGAUUUUAUGCUGAUGUCAAAUAGUCAUUCACCACCUUUCGUGUCGAUCGCUUAGUAUUGGAUCGUGGAGACGAAUUGGUCAAAAUGCCAUGGAUUUAAUCAUUUUUUACUCACCGGAUAAAUCGACCAUGACUUACUACAUCAAUAACGACCAAGCUGGUUACAAGAUUGAAUACCCAUUUUCGUCAAUCAAAAAUAUCUACCUGGAAAAUGGAGAUAACGAAUCACGACCUGGGGGACUAGUUGUUGAGCUCAUUCGUGCGCCAAACUUCUUCAUGGACUCAUCAGGAUCUGGUGGAUUUUAUCAGUGUGGUGAUUUUACAGAAGAUCAACAAGCAUCUCAAGUUAUGGUUCAUCAUCUCGGCGGUCAUCCCAAGGUUCUCAGUGGUCAAUUAGCCAAGCUCGUCUCCCUUGAGUCUUUCAUCGCGCGCGAUAGUCCAUUCGCACACCAACCAUUGUCUGUCUCAGCACCUGUAUCUCCGACUGGUCUCCGCCCAUCGUCCCAACCAAACUUUAAUGCGCAAGCGCACGUCGGUAUGUUUCAAGAAUCUCAGUGGGGUAUUGGUGUUCAUCCAAGCGCGCGGGGACCUGGUCACAGAAGACAAAGAAGUCGAUCCGUCCCAAUGGCUGUCGAUUUCUCCAUGUUCAAUCAUCCAAUGCCAUCAUUCCUCAUUCAACAUCCUGGUGAAUCUCAGCACCAACAGCAGCAUGGAAAUCCCAACAUUUUCGCUCCCAUUCCCCAGCAACCAAACAACCUCGGACCUCUUGGCCCUAACCUACGAAUUGAUACAUCGUCGGGUUAUGGAAUGGAUUUCAGACAGUACCCAAUGUCUGCAGCUACGACUACUUCCCCGUCUGACUAUGCCAGCCCUGGUUUCUUUCCUCAUGCAAAUGAAAAUGGCCCUAUGACAGGACCAAUGCCAACCUCUUCGUCGAUGCCAGCAUCAAACUUUACAGCAUACACGAUGCCUUACCUGUCGCCCGAUCCUUCCUCGCUUGCUCCAUCCGUUUCUCCUCUAUCCUUUAUGAGUCACGGUGACCCAGCAAUUGUUGACCAAUCUCCACCAAUGUCAAUGAUGCACCGAAGCGCUUCCGCCGAUGUUUACAGUAUGCAUAAUGAUUCAGCUAUCUCCGAUGAUGGUACCGGACUCAAUGAGAUGUACCAAAAGCACUCUCUUAAUAUCACUAUGCACCCUCAUUCCCCAGCUUUCGGUGAACAAUCUGCGGCUGAUAUGGAUAUGAGCAACCUUGUUCAAUUCCCGGUUGAUCACGACGGCCUUUCACCUGAGCAUAUGCCUCAAUAGAUAGAACAUACUUUUGGAACUGUCUGAGAGCCUGAAAUGGUUGCUCGGACCUUGGUUGGAAACGAUUUUGAGAUGGCAGAAAUUGAGAUGGUCAAUUUCUCCAUUUCAGGAACCAUUUUUGCUUAGAGAUUGUUGGGGAAAUUGCGGGUGGCGUUGGUUGAAUUUCAUUGUGCACGGAAUGGGGGAGGUGUCAACGGCUGUCGUUUUAGGUAUUUCAUGUCGAUUCUUCUUUCGGCUUUGCACUUGCUUUGGGCAUUGUAGCAUAGUCUUGAUUUCAUAUUCCCAAAUUUUCCUUCUGUUUUUACGCCACGACUUGCAUGACGACUUUACCCAAUUCUAUCAUGCCUGUCUGGUACAGCGAUCGUUUUCUCAUUGAUAUCUUUUGCUCUUGCGCCCUUCUCUCUCGAACUUGAUGUCUGUUAAUCAGCUUCAUUUCACUGUUUUUAUUGGUCUCCUGUCUAUGGAGAUUUCUGGUAGUUGGAUUGAAGAUAUAAACGGAUGGUGGAAAGCUUAGGGGGGACAGCGUGCGAUAUUGAAUGUGGAAACAAUAACAUGGUGGGGGUUCUACAAAUUUUGCUUGGUUUUGCUUGGCUGGCGCAAUAUGUGCAAGCAAUGGAUUGAUGAAUCAUGGUGGGCUUAAUAGUGGAAAUCUAUUUUGUAAAAUUGUUCACUCCGUUUUCGUUAUUUCUUGAGCUUGAGUAGGUAGGGAAAAUGUGCAUAUAACUAAUAGGUAUUCAUGGUGCUCUUACACGGAUG